AUGCCUGCCAACGCCAAAUGGCCCGAUUUCCAGCUGGCUUCCAAAUUGCGCUAUUUCAUGGGCUCCAGUGCACCUGAGUCGACCCAAUCGGAAUUGGAAUCGACUUCUUCACAGCUCGAUCAAGCAAAACGCGAGCAACUCGAAUCUGACCUGGGAGGCGAGGCAACCACUGCUGCAAUGGCUGAGAUUGAUAACGCUCCUGUCGAGGAGAUGGAUGAUGUUGAGGACUACGCGGACGAAGGCGAAUCUGCCGACGUCGACGUCGACUUUGGCGAUCUCGAAAUGUUUGACAGCAACGCGUCACAGCUCCCGGUUUCUUCGCAGGCACCUCAGUCCUCAAAGUACGAGGAGCCUGAGUCCCCUACUUCCAGUGGGAGCGCGAAACGCGACAAAUCGAGCAAGAAGAAAAGCAGGAUGUCUGAUGUCGCAGCCAAUGACGAGCAUCCCAAUGCGGCCACCUCAAAGCGCAAGAAGUCGAAGAGAAAGUCUUUGCAGCAUUCCGAUAUCGCCGAGGAUCAGCCUACCGACACAAAUCCAAACACAUCGAGUGCUCCCACCGCCGGCGAAGAUGACGAACGAGGACCCGAUGCGCUUGAAGACGCCACCACCGAGAUGGAUGCACUGGAUUUGGUGCAGGCCCAAUCCGCUCAAAAGAAGAAGAAGAAGCGGAAGCCAUCCGAUUCCGUGGACGGCAAGCGAAACAAAAAGAGAAAGGGCAUUGAAGAUGCCCACCCGAUUGUUGAGCAGACGCCAGACGAGGCCGAGAGCCUGGAUGCCAGAGACACUGCCGCCAGUCCCCAACUCGGCACUGCGAUUGAGGACAAUGUCGCCAAUGCCGACGAGCAAUUGUCACCUAGCGUUGCUCGUGCUCGUCGUCGCAGCCAGACGGGAGAGGAAACUCGCUCGAGGGAGAAUAGUGUACCUUUCCGAGCUCAAGUUGCCCCCAUGGCUCCCAUGGCAAUUGAUUCGCUUCCACAAGAAGAAGCCUCAAAUGACCAGCAAGAGACAUCUGGUGACCACGUAGAUGAUCGUGAUGACGAGGAAAUGCUCAACAUCGCGCGAGAGGUAUGGAGAGAGCACAAGAGUAGCCAACAUGAAGCGGGCAAUGGGGCAAACGAAGCGAACCUUGACCAGAAUGCAUCCGGCGUCAACGGCUCUGGAGAUUCUGCUCAAGUAGAGGAGCAGCCAACGGAAAGCCCAGCACGACGGCGAUCUACGAGAACAAAGGUGAAACCAGUGUUGCUUGUGCAGACCAUGGAGACCAAACCAGAGACGCCUUCCAAGAAGAACCGUCAGGCACUUGGAGAGCUGCCGUCCCCCUCUGCCAACACGCCAAAGCCAAGAGCACGAGCUAAGCGUGCUACUAAGAAACAGAAGCAGCAGCCUUUGCAGCCCUUGGAAGAGGAUGCUGAAAACGCAGAAUAUGAAGGGCCACCGGCGAGAACAGGCGGUUCGGGAAAUUACACGCAAGGACGAUUAACGGAAGCCGAAUUCGAUGGCAUAAGCCGCGUUAUUGAACAGUUCCGAGACGAAUAUGGAAUGACACAAGCUGAAGUCAAUCAGAUGAUCCAAGCACCUGGAGGUACAACAGCCGGCGAUGCUCACGCACGCCUCUGGUACCGCCUCUUUGAAGUGUGCCCUGACCGCAAGAGGCAAAAGGUCAUCAACGUGGCUCGCAAAAAGUACCAUAAUUUUGUCGCACGAGGAACAUGGACACCGGAACAAGACGGAGAGCUCGCCCAGCUCAUUGCCGUGCAUGGAAAUAAAUGGUCCGACAUUGCUGGUCUCAUCAAUCGCCAUCCCGAAGAUGUCCGAGAUCGGUAUCGCAAUUACAUCGUAUGUGGCCCGUACCAACGUAAGGAUGUGUGGAGCGAAGAAGAAGAGAAGCUGCUGGCACAAGUUGUCGAAGAGGCAAUGGAGGCUAUUGAAGAAAUCCGAAAAGACCCCAAGAAUCCCUAUCAUACGAAAAACAUUGAGGACAUACUCGACUGGCAAGAUAUCAGCAAGAACAUGGAAAGAAAGCGGAGCCGGCUGCAAUGCAUCACAAAGUGGAAGGCAAUGCAGAAUCGCCUUUCUGGGAAGAAGAAGGACAAGAAGUCCGCCUCGAAGAAGAAGUCCGCCUCAGAGAAGAAAAAACGCCCGGAACCUGCUGAAAUGCCCCUUUCGAACGAGGAUGUUUCUUCUCAGCUUGAUUCGGCCCGCCAACAACUCGCAAGUAUGCAUGAAGAGGAGCAAUAUCGCUUAGUCUUGGCUAUCCAACAAGCCUCUGUGCUUUUGGACGCUGACAUUCCCUGGGCAAAACUCCUUGAUAAGAAGUUUCGCGGCCAAUGGAGUCUUCACACACAGGUAUUGCUCUGGGACCGUCUGAAACAGACAGUCCCCGGCUGGGAAGCUUUGACAGUGCUAGACGUUGCUCAGCACAUCAUCAACGAAUAUAACCGAACGGGAGGCCUACCUGAAAUUAAUGGCAGUGGCUACGAUGAUGAUGAGCGAGAGAAGGAAAUUCUUCAGCAGCUUCGUUUCGGCAGCAGGCCAGCACCAGCACCAGCACCGAAAAGUGCCGAGUUUGUCGAGGAUUCUGGUGCAGAGGAGACUGGGGCAGCCGAAAACAACAAGGUUGACAUAACUAUUGAUCCGGCUUUGAUGGAAGCGCCACCGCCCUCACCUCCAAAGGCCACGCCCAAACCAAAGAAGAAGACAUAUGGUAGGAAGAAGGCGAAAAGGGCGAUUCUUGACAUCCAGGACCCCAUCGAGGACAGCGAACCGGCUAUACCCUUGGCUGCUGCUGAUGAGGGUGAAGACUCAAAUCUCGAGGAAGCGCAGACUCCCCAGGUAAUGAUACCUAAGAAUUUCAUGGCGAACAAGAGCAGAAAGGAAGAAAACGGCAUUGCUGCUCUACCAGCGGAGCCUUACUCAGAUAGCGACAUGGACGACAUGGAGGACCUUCCGGCUAAGAUUCUGGCCUAA